AUGUCUCGUCGUCGAAUAUCCCACAGCGAGAUGAAUGAAGCCAUCGCCUAUCCCUUCAUGCAGUCCAACGGUCAAUCCAACGGUCAAUCCAACGGUCAAUCCAACGGCCAAUAUAGCGGCCAAUACAACGGUCAAUCAAACGGCCAACCACCUCGUCGAGGCCCCAUCGAAGGUCCCAAUGGCCGUCGCCUCAUCCGUCGCGUCACAUGGCGCUCCUCCACAUACAAGCUCAUGGCCACACUGUGGGUGCUGGCUGUCCUCUAUAUCGUCUGGCUAGUCCGCGACCUUUUCUUACCCUCCGAAUCCGAAUCAGCCCCUCCUGCUCAACCCGAACAAAAUUAA